CUUUGGAGUUACUAGAGGCACCACCCUAAUCAGUGAUCUGGCCGCUCGAACCCCCCCGCGAUGGUGACUUUGCCUCGGCAGUGUGUGCUCUGGGGCUGCUUGUUGACAGCGGUCCAUCUAGGACAAUGCAACACAUGCAGAGACAAACAGUACUACUUCAAUGGCCAGUGCUGCGAUUUGUGCCAGCCGGGAAUGAGACUGGCGAACCACUGCACAGCUCUCACCAAGACCCAAUGCCUUCUGUGUAGCUCAGGCGAAUACAUGAACACGUGGAACAAAGAGUCGCGGUGUUACCAGCAUACACACUGUGAAUCCAAUGAAGGGCUUCAGGUUGAGAAGGAGGGCACCUCAGAUACAGACACCGUUUGUGCCUGUAAGGAAGGUCUACACUGCACUAGCAAGGAGUGUAGGAGAUGUGUUCUGCACACGUCCUGUGGCCCUGGCUUUGGAGUUAAGCAGAUGGCCACAGGGACUGCUGAUACUGUGUGUGAACCCUGCCCAGCCGGCUUCUUCUCCAACGAGUCAUCCACUUUUGAAAAGUGUCGUCCUUGGACAAGCUGUGAGGCCAAAAAGAUGGCGGUACUCCAGGAAGGGACGAAUCAGACUGAUGCUGUCUGUGGUUUGCAGCCCCGGAUGCGAGCCCUACUGGUCAUUCCCCUCAUGGUGGUCAUCCUCAUCGCCAUCUUCGUGCCGGUGUAUUUCUGUAUCAAAAAGGUGAUCAAGGAACCAGAGGAUAAUAAGGCCCCACCCACGGAUGAAUGGAAAGGUCCAGUGGAGAUAGACACUGCUCCAGUGCAGGAGACCCUGCAUGGGUGUCAGCCUGUCGCACAGGAGGAUGGCAAGGAGAGCCGCAUCUCAGUGCAGGAGAGGCAGCUGACGGGCAGCAUGGACGUGAAGCACCUGGUCUGAGAUCCUGGAGCUGUUGCAGGGGCAACGGCAAGGGCCUGGCUCAGAGCUGACGUUUGAGGUUUGAGAGGAGCGAAGACGCAGCCCGCUGCAGUGAACUCUGGUGCCUGCCCCGCCGCCGCCGCCGCCGCCGCCGCCGCCGCCGCCGUCGUAUCCCUCGACUUGCUUCUGAAGAUGGAGGGAAAGCUCGGGCAUCAAGGGUCCACAGUGAUAUCCACAGAGUGCAGCAGUUGCAGGACCCGGAGUAUAUCGUGGCAGCUUUCACUACUGUAAGGAGGCAUGGACUCCAGAGUCUGUGGCUUUGUGGCUUGUGCUGUUAGAAGGCACCUGAUUGCCCAUCC